AUGGCGAGAUGGCGGCGGUCGAGGUUGGUGGAGCCGGUCGAUGCCAUCUUUGUGGUGCUGCACCCGACGAACAGGGACUCGGAGAAGACGCGGUGGUCGACGGGGGUCCGCCUGGACAACUCCUCCAACGCUGGGGACUACGUAGGCCGCGGCUACGGCGAUGACACACACAACCACAUCGCGAUCCCGCGAGCUCGUUUUUGA